AUGGCCACGUUUUACGGCGGACCCGACGCGUCGGGCACUUGGGGUGGUAACUGCGGUUACGGGAAUCUCGUGCAAGCCGGUUACGGCAUCCUCGUCGCGGCGGGGAGUCCCCCUCUUUACAAGGGCGGGAAGGGAUGCGGCGCUUGCUACCGGAUAUCGUGUACCAACAGCACGUAUUGCAACAAGGGCGUAUCCAUCGUGGUCGCUAUAACGGAUCUCUGUCCUGGCGGGGGUUGGUGUUGCCCCACCUGUCGCCACUUCGACCUAAGCGAACCUGCUUUUAUCGCGCUUGCGAACCGCGCCGCCGGCUUCGUUCCCCUCGCCUACGAACAAGUGCCAUGUGUCUUCUCCAACAACAUUCGCCUCACCGCUACCGGGUCGCCUUUUUGGCUGAACCUUCUGAUUCGCCAAGUCGCGGGUCCCGGCGACCUUUCGCUUGUCGAGCAAGCCUCCUGCGACCAAUUCACCUGGCAAAUCGCCCGCCAAACCUCCUUCCAAAUCGCCACCGACUAA